AUACCUGCUGGGUUCUCUCAUUGUGUUCUUUUAGUAACAGCUAAACAUAAGAAAUAUUGAAAGUUGUAGCCGGCAUACUAAUUAGGUGGAAUCAGUACAAAAUAUGUGGCCCCAAAAUGUGGUGUGGGGAGUUUUUUUAUGGGCAACACUAGUUGAAAAAAGUUUUAUGAUGAAUCUUGCUGUGAAUGAAACAGCAGUUACGCACAUGUCGCCCCAGACUAGAAAUGUGGAAUCUGAAAUUAGUUAUUAUGGAUAUCAUCUAGAUUUAUUCACAGACAAGAAUAAUAGAUCAAGGUUGACAAUCGGUGCACCCAAAAUGAUUGAUCCUGAAUCAAUGGCAUUACAUAAAAGAAAUACAACAUCUGAUCAUGAGCCAAAAGGAGGCAUUAUGUCAUGUGAAUUCGAUUCAACUAUAGAUAAUGGUAUUGCACACAACUGUACGUUAACGGAUUCGUCCAAGUUACUUCCGGGAGAUAAUUUUGGAAUGUUCGGGGCAUCGAAAUCUGGCGGUAACUCGAUGGCAUGUUCAUUAACUCGGAAACAAGAUUGCGGUAACGCGUCAUCUACUCCUGGAAUUUGUUUUGAAUCAUCCGACUUCGGUUCGAUCUGGCAAAAAGAUGACCGAACAAUAUCGUUAGGCUGCCCUGGAACAAAUGUUGAAGUUCUUUUUGUACUGGACGGAUCGGGGUCAGUUGGGAAUGAAAGUUUUGAUAUAGUCAAACAAUGGGUGAAAAACAUAACACAGAAGUUGGACAUCGACACAGGAAAAGUUACUGUAGGCGUUGUUCAAUAUUCACAUUAUUUUGAUACACAAGACAUCAAUGAGCAAAGGUAUAUAAAAACACAUAUUAAAAUUGGACAGUACAAGACUUAUGAAAAAUUAGCCGUCGAAAUCGAUCGGAUUAAGUUAGAUGGAUAUACAACGUAUACUGGAAGAGCUCUACAAAAGGUCGUUUACGAUUUUCAGAAUACUUUUCAUUACAAUGAAUCCACUACAAAACAAAUUAUGAUUCUACUCACUGAUGGGAAAGCAACCGACGCAGAAAAUGUGACGAAAAAUGCACAGAAUUUGCGCGAUCUCGGAGUUUUACCAUAUGCUGUUGGAGUCGGAAACGAAGUAAACAUAACUGAACUAAAUUUAAUUGCAACAGGUGACCCUAGGGGUAACAAUACUCGGGUGCUGAUGACGGGAACAUUUUCUGGACUUGAUGUAGUGGCCAAAGAAUUGGAAUCGACCAUCACCGCUGUUGCGUUGGAAGGAGCCAGCUCCGGACAAAACACCGCCGGUAGUACGAUGGAAUUUGGAGCGAUGGGAAUAUCUAUUGCAUAUAGUAUAUUGCCUAACGUGAGAAAAAAUCAGACGGUGAGUGAACAUUCAGAUAAAGUCAGGUUUAUUGACUGGCUGCCAAUUAUGAGAAACGAUUCUACCUCACAAUUCUUUACUUUACAACCCCAUUAUUCUGAUUGAAAAGCGCAGACAAAAUCGAAUGAAGUACAUUUUUUAUAGGAUUAUCGAGAAAAACUUUCCAAAUUUGCCAUUCUUAUUGCGACUUAAUUAACAAUUUUAUAAACCAUUAACGGCAAUAUCUGUGUCGGUAUGUUACGAAUGAUCGUUGUGAUGAAAAUGACCCGUUAUCCGUUUCUUAUACUUGCAAUGUUUCUUGUUAAAUGUGAGUCGUGAGAUGGGCACGAAGGAUUUUUUUAUGAAGUUUGUGGGCGAAUGUGUGUGAGUGUGAGUAGAUUUUGUUUUGCCGAUCGGUUGCAGGCAGCCUUAGCAUUCAUGUAUGUUUCGCGCGCGAUCAACGUUGGCGUUCGUGAAGAAUAAUAAACUGAAGAGUAUUCGACAGAGCAACUGCGGGGAUUUAAAGAAAAUAGGUAUGAGUAAAUCCAUGUCACAACUUCAGUAUUAGCGUGAUUUUAACUUCUAACUUAUUUUUUCAUGCAUCCACUAAUAAAGCAAUAUCCAACUGUGAACCGAAAAAUGCAACUGAACCCUAUUUUGGUGCGUUGUCUUUUUAUCGGCAAACGAGAUAACUACGUCGCUUGAGUUAAAUCUUCUAAAUUUCUUUUUAUUCACCCUUUCUUGCGUUUUGACACGAUAAUCUGCAUAUUGUAUUUUAUUUUAGAAUAAUUAAAUAUCUAAUAGAUAGAUUUGUACAUCUUUGAAUUUCAAAAUCAAGUAGUUUCUGUUACUAAAUUUUGAUAAAUGUUCUUAUGUGCCUUAUUUGUUUUCAACGUGGAGUGUAUAGGUACUUCCUUAAAAUUUACAAUAUCUAGCAAAACGCAAAUAUCCAAUUGUAACCCUAUGUCACUUAUGCGAAUAUUUGUGCUCAAUAUUUCUAAAAUUUGGUAAUUUUUUCAUUUCAAGAUUCAAUAAAUGGAUGCAUUGUACAUCGAUUUUGUUAAAUCAGUCUGCAAACUUGUGAAACGCAGACGGUCUUGACACGACAUUCGUGAGAGUUAAAAGAAAAAGUAAAUACCUCCAUGCAACGUCGUCUGGAUUAAACAAGGAAUCAUAAGACUUAUGUGAUAUGUCUGUCUAUUCGAGUAUAUCAGAAACAAACUCUGUUUCAAAAAGUUAAAUCCACAACCAAUUUACUUUUAUUGUCGUUUAUAAAUUACAUAUUUGAGUUGUGAAUGUGGAAUUGUUAAGUGAUUGAAAUUAAAGAAUGAAGUUGGUACAAAAGCCUGAGUCUUAGGAAGUUUAAAUUACUGAGUAAAUAACAUUUCUCCAUUUUAUAUCUUCCAAGUUAAUCCUAAUAGAAUUCCAAUGCUAAAAGUUUUAGCCCAGCUGUUGAAUUGAUCAUCUUUGACGAAUAUUUAUAUGUUUGCAUAGAUUUCAUCCUAUCAAUUGUCACUUUGCAAUCUGAACGUAAGCACAAACUUGUAAUGAAUUAAAAAAUUAGUACUUUGAUGUCAGGCUGUCAUUCAUGUUUUUAAUGCCAACUACAUCAUUAGAAAUAAAAAAUAUCAUACGCGAAAUGAAGCCCAAGUCAAGUUUUGGAAUGGAUGGAAUUCCAUUCAAAAUAUUGAAAUAUGUUCCAGAACACAUUGCUUAUAUUCUGACAUAUAUAUAUAUUUUCAAUCUUUCACUUUCUACUGGAUUAUUCAUUAAAAGCUUCAAGACAUCU